UUGCUGCAAAUAUUAGUCAUGACUUUUAACUAUCACGCACUUCUAAUUUUCCUGCUGCGUCUGGUGAACUAUACAAGAACCAAUUCAGUGAUUUUCGAAAAUGUGACUUGUGAAGAUUUAGCGGCGGAAAGAACAACACCUACAAAUUUGUACUUUAACAAGCCGAGUGAACUUGCCUGUGAUGGAUCCGACAAUGAGACAAAUAUUGUAACACUUGGAUUUUUGGGCUCUUAUGGACAAGCUCAAGUGCUUUUGGGAGCUUUGCCAUUGGCAGUGGAAGCAGUGAAUAAUGAUGAGAGCUUGCUACCUGGGAAAAAGCUGACAUACAUAGCAGCCAACAUUGGAAUUGCGUCUGCAUCGGGUUUUCCAAAAAGUAAGUCAUCCACCACGCAAGCAAUCAGAAUGAUGACGGAAAUGAGGGAUAGUGGAGCCAUAGCUUUCAUUGGUCCUGAUGACACUUGUUAUCCUGAAGCUCUGGUAGCUGCUGCCUGGAACUUACCCAUGGUGUCUUAUAGAUGCAGUGACACGAAAGUUUCCGACAAAUCCACCUUUACAAGUUUUGCAAGAACAUUACCUCCAUCUAGCAAAGUUUCGAAGAGUGUGGUGGCGUUGCUAAUCGCAUUUAAAUGGAAUAAAUUUGUGGUUGUUUGCGGAACCGAUCCGGCAUCUGGAAGCCAAGUCCAAGAAGCUAUCGAGGAAUUAUCAGUGAUUCAUGGACUUACACUUACUGUAACAAAAAAAUAUUCGAACUACAUUCCUCGAUAUAUCGAGCAAAUGGAUAAGAUUGUCGCCGAAACAUAUCGAGAUACAAGAGUGUACGUUUUCCUGGGAGAGCAUAUUGCUCUUGUCGAUUUCUUAAAGUGUCUGAAGGCGAGGAAACUGUUGAACACGGGAAACUACGUCAUCAUUUCGGUCGACGAUGGAAUUUAUGAUCCCACAAGGAGAGCGAAAGUCGUCGAAAUAGAUUACUUAGAUCCAUGGAUGAAUGGCAGCGAUAAGAGCAACUUCAGAUCGGUCUUGAAACUAACACAAUCUAUAAAAGGAGAUAACAAAUAUUUAGAGAAAAUCAAAAACUUCUCAACCAAACCUCCAUUUUGCGUCCCAUAUCAUCACAAAAUCUUUGAUAGUAUUUCGAUACCAAUUGAAGCUGCCUAUUUAUAUGACGCUGUAAUGAUAUACGCAAGAGCAUUAACCGAAGUGUUUGAAACUAAUGAAGAUCCAAAAAAUGGCAGUGCCAUACUAAGCAGGAUCGUUAAUCGCUCUUAUCACUCCAUUAAGGGUUACGACGUGUUCAUAGAUCAAAAUGGAGAUGCUGAAGGCAAUUUUACGGUUCUUUCAUUAUUGGACGACAAGGAUACGAAAAACGACAAAAGUAUGCAACCAGUUGGAUACUUCCAGUUCACUUUAAAUGGAAGUGUUAUGUCCGCCUUGCCCGAGUUCAGGUAUAUAAAUAAAAGUCGCACAAUUAACUGGAUUGGGGGAACAAUCCCCAAAGCGGAGCCAAAGUGUGGCUUCUAUGGAGAAAAAUGCGUUUAUAAAGUCGAUUGGAGAAUGAUCGCCGGAAUUAUAUUGGCCACUUCCGUUCUGUUUGUCGGCGUAUUGUUCGCUUUCAAGCACUAUCGAUAUGAGCAGAAAUUAGCGUGUUUGCUUUGGAAAAUCGACAUGCGGGAUGUUACAAUUAUACCCAUUGACAUUCCAGACUCACCAAGUAAAAGCAUGGUAACCGUUUGCAAACACAACGUGUUUAAGACUGAAACAAGUAGAGGAAUGAAUGAAGUUUCUGACAUAUCACCAAAAAGGGCGUAUACUAACAUUGGACUCUACAGAGGGAACAUUGUUGCCAUAAAGUACCUUCAUAAGCGUACAUUAGAUCUCACCAGAUCCAUAAGGAAAGAGCUAAAGCAAAUACGCGAAAUAAGGCACGAAAAUUUAAUCCCCUUUGUUGGGGCGAGCGUGGAUCAUGGGCAAGUAGCUAUCUUGACAGCUUAUGCCGCUAGAGGUAGCUUAGAAGAUGUGCUGGUUAAUGAAGAUUUGCAUCUGGACACAAUGUUUGUCUCUUCAUUAGUCACAGAUAUUUUAAAGGGCAUGAUAUAUCUGCAUGAUAGCGAAAUCAUAUCUCAUGGUGAUCUUCGUUCCAGCAAUUGUUUAAUCGAUAGUAGAUGGGUGUUGCAAAUUUCCGACUUUGGAUUGCAUGAAUUUAAAAGUGGUCAAGAUGAUCCAACCUACCACGUUAAAGAGCUAAAAAGAAGCUUAUGGAGAGCGCCUGAACUAUUGAGAAUGGACAAUCGGCCACCCAGAGGAACGCAAAAGGGUGAUGUGUAUUCUUUUGGAAUCGUAUUGUACGAAAUGAUUGGUCGAUCAGGACCUUGGGGAAACAUUGAAAUGGAACCAACAGCAAUUAUAAAUCAACUAAAAGGUUACAAGACUGGCCAAAAGCCGCUAAGACCAUCUCUGGAUGGUUUACGAAUACCCAAGUAUAUUGUGAAUACUUUCACGGCUUGUUGGCAUGAACAACCGGAUCAGCGGCCUGACAUUAGAUACGUUAGAGUGCGAUUAAAAGAAAUGCAGGCAGGUUUAAAACCAAACAUUUUCGAUAACAUGCUUUCAAUUAUGGAAAAAUACGCCUACAAUUUAGAAGGCUUAGUACAAGAGCGGACCAAUCAACUCACUGAAGAAAAGAAAAAGACUGAUGCUUUACUUUACAGAAUGUUGCCAAGGUCAGUAGCAGACGCCUUGAAGAAGGGCGAAAAAGUCGAGGCAGAGUCCUUUGAAUGUGUCACAAUUUACUUCAGUGAUAUUGUGGGAUUCACGGAACUUUCAGCGGAUAGCACCCCUUUACAAGUGAUAGAUUUGCUCAAUGAUCUCUAUACUCUUUUCGACUCUAUUAUCUCGCAUUACGAUGUCUAUAAAGUUGAAACCAUUGGCGACGCCUACAUGGUAGUAAGCGGACUGCCUAUUAAAAACGGCAACAGACAUGCAGGCGAAAUUGCUUCGAUGGCUCUACAUUUGCUCAAGAGAAUACAAAAGUUUGAAAUCAAACAUCGACCCGGAGAAGUCUUCAAAUUGAGGAUAGGAAUCCACUCAGGUCAUGUGGUAGCUGGAGUUGUAGGCUUAAAAAUGCCCAGAUAUUGCCUUUUCGGAGACACGGUUAACACAGCUUCUCGAAUGGAAAGUUCUGGCGAAGCUUCCAAAGUGCACAUAUCGCCGGCCACUUAUAAACUUUUGCAACAGCUUAGCGGCUAUAUUUGUGAAGACAGAGGAUUAAUUAACAUUAAAGGAAAAGGAGAAAUGUACACUUAUUGGCUUCUUGGGGAAGAUCCAGCUCAGAGGUUGACGCGAUUAAGGCGGGAACUAGUUGGGUCGCAUUUGUUCAGCAGCAUUAGCUCAGAUAGACUGUGUGAAACCCCUGAUUUGCUGCAAGGGCCUGGAAGAUCAAUUUUCAAUCGCGAGUACAUGUUUUACCAUCGAUUUUCCCCGUUUUCGGUUUCAAGACUGCACCAACGAGCGAAGAAAGCCUAUUGCAGUGACGAAGCCAUGCAAAAUUACAAGCGAUCACAGUCAAUGGCAACCCAUCGAAGAACACGACCGACGAUACAUAACUUUUUACAGGAGUAUCCGAGAUCAGCGCCCACAAUAACUUUCACAGCUAACAGUGAAUUAUCCAGUAAAUUUUAACUGGUUGUUGUAUACAGAGUGGCCCAUCUUGUUUGAGAGUUUAGCUCCAGCAAAAACGAGUUAAUUUUAUAUACGAUGAUGAUUCUAUAUGUUCAAAAAGUGGUAUUGAAGUCGUUUUUAUCGUGAAAUGGUCGGGAUUAAAUUGAGGCCACCGUGUACGUUUUGUAUUUUUAUUAACAAGUAAUUUUAUAUAUUAACUGUACAGUAGGUACUUCAAGUCAAAAUUAAACUAUAUUCUAUGCA